CUCUACCAUCGAAUGGGCACAGUUCUAAACCGGUGAAGAAGGUGCGCGCUCGAGAUCUUUCAAUAUACAAACACCGUGGUUCUGUUCGCUGUAUUCCACGCCAUGACUAAAAUUUGUUGGAAGAGUAGGAGUGCAGUAGCUGUGACAGGUCAAACGGUGAAUAGCGAAAUUACUUAAUAUUCACUCGUUCGAAGGAUUUCUCGUAUCGUAACAACGUCGACAGAUUUAUCCUCGGUUCGUUAUUUCUGUUUCGUGAAUUAUCGUUAGCCGCGAGAAUUUGCUAUUUUCGUAGGAACUGCAGAACUUGGAAGACAAGAGGAGAGCAAGCGCAGAAACUGAAAAGAAUGGAGGUGGAUGAAUGUUCAGCUGGUGGUGAUAGUGGAGCUGAAGAAGAUGAAGAUGAUGCAUCUUCUCAUGGAUCUAGAAGUAAUAGUAGUAGUAGCAGUAUAAGUGGAAGUAGCACUUCAACUGAUAGCGGGGAUGAUAGUGGAGAAGAACAUGGCACAAGUGGCAGUGAAAGUCAUAGUUCUGGCGAAGAAGAUGAAGAUGAAAAUGAGAACACAGAAUACUCUGUCAAAGCGGAGAGUCCAGAUACUUUGAAAUGGGAAACAUGUAUUGCUGUAAACAUUAAGUUAAAAUUACCACAAGAUCUUUGCGAACAUGUAGCUAUUUUCAAGGAGUUUCUGGAUUAUCCUUAUAUUUGGAACGAAUGCCUUACCGAAAAUCAAAGAGAAACUCUUUGCAACCUUUUACCAGCUUUCCCAAAAGACUGUGAUGUAGAAGCUGAAAUAGAGAAAACAUUGCGUAUGUUAUUUGAACGUGAAAAUCACAGAUUUGGUGUAGCUCCUUUGGAUGCAUUUCACAGUCAUCUAUCUGCUGGUCAUUACCGCCCAGAUAUUAGAAGAAUGUGUAGCUUAGUCCGUAAGGCACAGCAGAGAAGAUUACUAUUUGAGGAACGGAAAAGAUCUUAUGAACUAGCCAGUCAAUUACUGAAAUCUAGAGAAAGUUUGCUGUCUAACGCGUAUAAGCAAGGUUUUUGUCAACCAGCACAACGCACGGUGUCAAAGGUCCAAUGGAGGAAACCAAAACCUGCUAUGGUUGAAGAGAAAACGCAACUGCGCUAUUUGGAGGAACUGAACGCACUGAGGACAGAGCUCGGAGCGAGCGCAAAGUUAGCGGCCGACACAACGUCCGAGAAUGAAGAGAACUAUCCGCACUAUCAAAUGUCCGGCGCUAAGCAGAAGAAGAAGAGACGCUCUUUGGUGGGAGUUCAAGGAUUGUCCAUUCGGGGUUUGCAAAUAAAUCACGAGGAUGAGACUAUUCGACCUGUUUUCUCCACGUUGCAACGAGCGGAAUAUGCCACGAAUAGGUCUCUAUUUAUUCGCGAACAGACCGAGGAGACGUAUCGCGAAAUGUUGCUUGAACAUAAAAAGAGAAGAGCUCGGCGUGAUGUUCAUCCGGAAUUAAAUACACAAGGUAUCGCUCUUGCUGACUUAACUCAAAGAGCACAAAUUGGACAGAAGCACAAAUUAUCAAUUGGCCCUUCCAUACGUAUUACACCAGCGAAGAAACGUAUGAAAUUGGAGCAAUCACCACUUUGUCCACCAGCGCCAAGAUUAACGAAUUCUAAUUCGAUAAAACACGAGAGUGACAACAGUGAUUAUUCUCAUACGACGGAUGAAAACAGACAUUCCAAUACAUUGGAUAUAGAUCAUAGAAUGUUAACGCCAAUUAAGUCAGAGCCCAUAGAUGCAUACGAGAUGCAUCAGAUGUCCAAAAAGAAGUUAAGUCCCAUUACAUCGAAGGUUAGCAAAUCUUCCAUGAUAGUUACACCAGAAAUAAAGAAAGAAGUGGAAGACAUGGAGUACGACGACAUAAAAACGGAACUAAGUACGGGAGUGAACGAAGACGCACCGUUGGAAACAGAAGAAGAAGAGGAAAACGAUAAGAAAGAGCUUGAUUUGGACAGCAUCGACAUGAUGCAGCUUCCAAUACAACUCGACGAUGGAAUUGAUAUAUUGGAUGAUGUGAAGUGCGAAGAUGAAGGAGUUAUAUCGAUACCAGAUAAAGAAAUCGCUGUUCCAUCUAAUGAAGACGCUAUCGACAUUAACAAUGGGGCAGAAUUAAUGCAGGAGACACAUGCUUGUUUCUUCUCGCUGUUAAGAGAUGCAUUUACCUCAAAAGGUGAAUACAGGAUGAGCACAGGAGAAAUGAGGGAUGCUAUUACUCAGUGGCAAGGAAACCCCAUUUCACCAUUAAAUGAUUGGUAUUCUCUGGCAUCUUCUUGGCCAGCGUUGGUUCCAUUAGCUUUAGGAUUUCUUGCUGGGGAACUCACUUACUCUCAAGAGAUCGGUGACCGACAAGAAAGAGAAUCAGAACUUGUUCCCUAUUUAGAAAACAAAGGAAAUGGAGUCUACGCAUGGAUCGGAGCUGGACGAGACUCAGACUCUCGUCUGUCGGACUUAUGUGCGAAGUUCUUAAUGCACAAAGAUUCAUUAGGUCUACCGUCUGCAAUCUCCACUUGCUCUCCAGUAGCUGUGAAGCAACAAAAUCAAGUGCCUCAAGCUAGUAGCAGCAACGUUAACAGUAAUUCUGGAAGUGGAAAUGUAAAUUCGAGCGGCAGAGAUAGUAGUCCAGCGAUAGAAUCGGUCAGUGUCGAUGGUGGAUCUAUCAAUACUGUCGCAGAAUGGGAGCCACCUCGUGCUCUGUGGCCCACGGAAUGGAAGGUUCGACCGUCCACGGUGGAAGAACGAGAAGAAUUUAGGAGGCAAGAGCGUAUGCGUUAUGCUGCUCCUCAUAAAGCAUUUACAUAUAGAAUGCACGGUUAUGCCUCCGUCGUAGGUCCGGUGAAAGGCAUUUAUCAACACAAUGUUGCUUCUGGUUUGACCAAGGCUCGUGGACAUUCGUUGUUGGUAGCAGAUCGGCCAAACUUUGUGACUAUCUUAGCCUUAGUCAGAGAUGCUACUGCAAGGCUUCCCAAUGGUGAAGGAACUCGGGCUGACAUCUGUCAGCUACUGAAAGAUUCUCAGUAUAUUAGGGAACAGACAGAAAGUGAUGAUAAGGAAGGAUACUUACAUUCUGUGGUAUCUGGAGCUUUGGACAGAUUGCACUAUGAAACAGAUCCCUGUGUACGAUAUUACCCACGACGCAAGGAAUGGCUAUACCUUCAUCGAGCACGUUCAGAAUCAGAAUUUGAAAUGUAUCAUCAACAACUACAAGGUGUUGCAAAGAAUAAGAAGAAUGGUGGCAGUAUGUCUCGAAAGGCACUUCCUCCAGUCAUAAAACCUGCUAAUGUUAACAAAGAACAAUCUCCUAAUAACAGUAAAGAAACUACGCCUAAAAAAGAAAGAAAGGCCACAUCCACUACUCAACCUGUUAUUUCGAGAAAAGACCAGAAGAAAACCGAGGAGAAAAAUAUCAAUGAUCAUUCCGCUACAACAGAACAAUCGGCUGUGGUCACAAACGUAGUGACAACAAUCAGUACGCCAGCGACUUCAGUAAUUUCUAUGUCAGGUACCACCGUUCCGGUUACGUCUCUCCCUACGUCUUCUACCUCUAUUAGCACCAUUACCGUAGAAAAGGAUGUAACAACUAGUGACGUGAAACCACAAAUCACUACUAACGUUCCGGCGAAGAAGGCAGCGAACAUCGGUGGAAAACCGGUUGCUGUUGUAAAAACAAGUGCUCAAAGUUUACUACAAUCGAAUCAGCAGCAUUUUCCGCAUCAUCAAAUUCAAGUAUCAACAUCCGCUGGUCUACAAACUAUCAGAUUAUCUGGACAUUCUGUGCUACAUUCUGCUCAGUCUGUAGUAGCCAGCAGUACUUCUAAUGUAACAAAUGUAACCACCAAUUUAACCACUAUAUUGCCUCCUACUAAAGUACCAAGUCAACAACAACAACAGCAACAAUCGCAACAAACACAACAACAACAACAACAAACAAUAGUGACUAAUCAAGCGGGAAAAAGUAUCUUGCAAACUGCUAAUAUAAAACAGCAACAAUCUCAACAACAACACGUACUACCUGGAAAGACAUUGUUAGCUUCUCAAAUAAAAUUGGUCAGUUCUGGACAGAUUAAGUCACUUCUUACGAGUCAUGGACUUCAGGGUCAGACGAUAUUUAUUAAACAAUCAUCGCCAUCCAGUAAUCAAUCGCAACAAAUACAACAGCAACAAUUAAAGCAGCAACAACAACAGCAACAGCAAAUCCAACAGAGAGUUGUUACCAAUCAACAACAAUCGAUACAAACAUCUGGUAUGCAACGCAUAAUUGCGCAGAUAGGAGGGAAACCAAUCGCAGUACAGAUUCAACAGUCACCGCAUCAGCAACAACAGCAGAAGAUAUUGGCGAAGGUUCUAACCAGUUCUGGUAGUGGCCAGCUUAUCUCGGUAGAAAAUCUCCUUGCUCAGAAAGGAUUGAAGUUGGCGACCACAACUGGCCAUGCUAAUCAACUCAAUAGACAAGGGAAGCAGGUCAUACAAACUCAGUAUCAGGUAGUAUCGCAAGCGCAGACUUCUUCAGGUCAAUCAAAGAUCAUAGCCAGUACGCAGCAACAACAACAGACACAGCAAGCACAAACCGUUCGAAUGGUGACAGCUCAGUUGGCUGGCAAGCCAAUAGUUUUAGCAAGUGGUAACAAAAACGUGGGAGUUGGAGUGAGCAGCGGUGGAAGCGUAGUACUUGGAAAGCAACAAUCAUCGCAACAGACACAGCAACAACCUAUCAUUUUACCGAGUCAGUUACUCAACAUCAAAACGUUGCACGGUUUAAAAGUGAUACCGACUCCUGCCGGAUUGAAAACUACGGGUGCAGCAGUCUACGCGCGAGUUAUUGCUCCAACCACCAUAACUUCGUCUCAAUCGACGGGAAAUCAACAGCAGACUAUUCAAACGCAACCACCGAGAAAUAACACUUACAGUACACCUUGACAAAAUUGAUGUCGCUGUUUUUUUUCAUUUAUCCUUGUUCCAACUUAUUUUAAUCUCUUGUAAUUCUGAAUUUUCUGAUGAACACACGAUUUAUAUGUAUAAAAACAAAACGUAAAAAAAGAAGAAGAAACGAAAAGCGCAAUAGCUCAGUAAAGCUUAUACAUAGAAUUACGUUAUGCUAUGUAUUAUAUUUUAGGUCCGGUAAAAUGAAAAAAAGAAAAUCGUGCAGUUUCUUCGACAGGUUGAUCGGGAUCAAGGCACAAUGCUACAUCAGGACAUUUAAAAUGAAAACAUGCGUGGUCGUGAAGAUUUUUUUAUAUUAAGUGUCGAAUUAUUUACAAAUGCAUGGUACGAUUUUAAAUACAAAACCACCGUUUCUUCGUUCUCUUGUAUCAAGAAGAUUCUUGCAACGUUGCAUGUAAUGCAUAAAUAAAACUUAUUACAUAACGGUAUCAUUUAAA